GGAGACUCCGAUUUUAGAAUCUGUGCGUUCAACCUUCAACACUUUGGAGAAUCAAAGUCCAAGAAAAGCAGCGUCAUGCACACUCUCACCAGGGUGAGGCGCUCUGAUAUUUCAUGAAACACGACUUAACACACAACAGAACCCUAAACCGGAAACAUAAUAACACGCAGGCAUACACACAACAGACAACAUCUGUAACAUCUGCAGGACAAACGGCACACCUCAGUUUGACACAGACAGGAAGUGAAACAUGUGACCUCAUCCUGAAUCUGUUCGUGCUUCAGAUCAUCUCCCGCUGUGAUGUCACUCUGCUUCAGGAAGUCAGAGACGUUAAAGAGAAGGCUUUACCACAGCUGAUGAACCGGCUCAACAGGUAUGACCCUGACCACAAGUAUCAAGCGGUGUCCAGUGAGAGACUCGGCAAGGCGGGCUCUUCAUACCAGGAGCAGUACGUGUUCGUCUACAGGGCUGGCUCGGUGACGCUCACAGGUCAGUAUCAGUACCCUGACGAUCGGCCCGGAGACGUCGACGCGUUCUCCAGAGAACCUUUUGUCGUUCGGUUCAAAGCUCCAAGAACAGUCAUCAAGGAGUUUGUGCUCAUACCUCAGCACACGUCUCCAGAAAACACCACCAAGGAGCUGGACGCCCUGUACGACGUCCUGCAGGAGGUCAGGAGGAUGUGGAAGACCGAGCAUGUGAUGCUUCUCGGGGACUUUAACGCUGACUGUGGUUACCUGGCUAAGAAGAACAGGAAGUUUGUGCGUCUGAUCACAGAUAAAAACCUCUUCUGGCUCAUUAAUGAUAAAACUGACACCACAGUGAGAAAGUCCACGUCCUGCACCUACGACAGGAUCGUCGUGCACGGGGAAACGUUUGCCAGAGCGAUUAUUCCUUUGUCAGCGAAACCGUUUAACUUCCAGACAGAGUACGGCCUCAGCGACGACCAGGCUCUGGAGGUCAGUGAUCACUACCCCGUGGAGGUCCUGCUGAAGAACAACAAAAUGUCCAACAGUGGCGGCAUGAGGGAGAGCGUGCAUCCGUUUGUGUCUGUGUUCCUGCUUGGCCAUCUUGUCUUCAGCGUGUUAACACAUUAAGUGUUACUCUCACCUGGAUUCUUUUUCUCCUCACUCUGAGGACCGUCAUGGACUUAAAGACUCACCGACAUGUGGAGUCAAAGAAAUCCCAGCAGCAGACUCUCCACAAGGGGGCGCUCCUUCAGUCAGGACAUAAACAGGAGAUAUUCAUGAUGACAUAAUGAUUUCAUUUCUCUGAGUUAAGAGAGAGGACGACGUUCACAUGAGCUCCGUCAUGUUUCAUAUAAAGAAACCUGUUUUUACUUGAACUGUCAGACAGCUGAUGUCAUCACAGUGAGACCCGCUCACCAACGUUCACUCGUUCACACGUUCACCCCCCACCCCCCCUUUCCCUUUUUGGUAAAGAAUCCACUGAGUCUUUUAUAAGUCGGGUCAGCUGGCAGUUUGCUCCUCAGAAUCAGAUCAAACGCUCUCUCUUCACUUCCUGCUGAAGCACCAAUCACCUGCCGGCUCGCCUGAUGAUGCAGUGGCAUCAUUCAUCAUGUCUCUGACUCCAGACCUCUCUGAUUGGUCCUCUAGAAGAUGCUCAGACACAGAGAGGACGUGGAGAUACGCACACUGUAAAUACUCUGAUAUUUAUAAAUAUAAUAAAUCUGUCACUCACUCA